AUGGCGACGUCCUUCGCAGCUUAUGCCUCCCAAUAUCUCACAAGACAGAAGAAUGGGGAGGCCACUAUGUCUUCCUCCCAACCCAUGUUCUUCUCUUUUACGACUGACAACGGUUCUCGCCACGGUGGACACGACACCGAUCUCGACGACUUUGACGACCCACAUCUACGGGAGAGCGAGAGGAGCGCAAGGAUGCCGGAACACGACGAUGAAGACCCUUAUCUACGGCUAGAUGAGGACGAGCAGCUGGGAAGGACAGGAUUCCAUGGGCAACGGGCACAGCAGCAGGCAACACCGUUGAUUGCGCGUUCAUCAAGUCCGGAUUCUCCACCAGGAUGGCUGGCGCAUCUCGCACAUUCACCUCGCAGGUCAUCGUCGUCGGCGCCAUCAUCUUCGUCCGAGUCGAGCCCGCCAGCGGACGUGAAGACGCAAGCGCCUCAAGGCCGACCACGCCCCAACGUAACCGAUAUCCAACCUCCGCUACCACCCCGAACCCUCACUCUGACCGAAUCUCUCCUCCCUCGAGACGGCCGCACUCGCCCGCUCGAUGUUUUCUCAUUACCCGACCCCCGACACACGCCACGGAAGCGACGGAAGCACCACGACGCCCCCUGGAUAUCGCUUUGGCUCGGGCUCGUCACCCUCUGCGUCUUUUUCUCCAUCCUCAUACUUUUUACGACCAAACGGCCAAAGGAAAUCCCCAGCGUCAUGCUGCCCUACACCGUCCUUCUGCGCACGGUACCGAUGCUCAUCAUAUUGACGUUCCUCAGCGCAGGUGCUGCGUAUGUGCACGUCUAUCUAUUACGGGUGUUUGUGAAGCCUGUAAUGAUUGCGACGUCCGUGUUCAUCCCCGCUACUCUGUUCAUUUCGGCGGUGUGGGCGUUCGUAGGAAGUUUCAUGUGGGACGGAGAUACGGUUCCGACCUGGGGCGAGACUGUGGGUCUACGCCUAUUUGCGAUAGUACCUCUCGCUCUGUCUCUCAUAACUGCCCGGAGAUUGCUCCAUCUUCCACGGCAAAUUCAUACCACUUCAUCAACCCUAACGCUAACUACCCAUCUCCUCAUCUCCAAUCCUUUUCUCCUUGCUCUCUCUCCAGCAAUCCUCCUGGUUAUGCUCCUCGGAAGUCUACCCUUUGUUACCCUCAUCUUCCGGUUGCUUCUCGUCGGUUACUCAACGAAGGUCAAGACAGGAUGGGAAUGGCACGUACAUGCUUGGGCGAAUUGGGCGAUCGUUGGGACGUCAAGUGUGUGGCUGUGGAGUUGGGCGGUAGCGAGAGGAGUCCUCCGAGCGACGUGUGCGAGCGUCAUCGGUGCUUGGUACUUCGCAGACCCAAACGCACCCCCACCUCCGCCAACAUCGACGCAUACGAUCCAUGCAGCACUGACGCGGUCUACAGGUCCUUCUCUGGGCUCGAUCGUUCUGGCAGGGCUUAUCCUGACUUUGCUCCGGAUACUCGCCUUCGCUGUCCUCCUACUCCGACGUCUUCCUCCCCUCCUACUACGGAUACCAUGGGUGCCUCUGAGUGUGCCGAUCGCGCUCUACGUCGUUCCAGGUGUGCAGUGGACGGUAGUUUACCUUGAGGAGAAGAGCGGGCGGUUGAGUCGAUACGCACUGAUCUACGCGGGUCUGACCGGCGCCGGGUUCUGGGAGAGUGCGCAUAGAGGAAGAGAUUUGGUCAAUGGGAUUGAAGGCCCUCCUGUCCUCGACGACGAUGAAGUGCCCCAAGGAGGAAGGAAUGGGAGACGGACGAGAGGGCAGAGGAAUCGGGCACCAGCUCCUAAUCCGAGGAAGAGGAAGUUUGGCUCUGAACCACCUCUUGCUCUCCUUACAAUCUCGCCACUUACACUCAGCUUUCCGUUUGCUUUGAUCACCUAUUUAUUCGUGGCCCAUACCCUCGGAGCGCCUAAUGAGGCUCUGGGUGCAGCUCUUAUGGCUGGAGGUGUCACAGCUCUUGUUGGACUGUUCUGUGUUGGGUUGGUCAGAGACACUGCCGACACCUUAUACCUCUGCUACUGCAUCGAUAAGGUAUCAGGGGAGAAAAGACGCGAAGAAGUGUUCAUUGCCUUCGAGUACGACUUCAGCUCUGAGCCAUCACGAACAUCCACUCUUCCUUUGCACCAACAACGCAGAUUCCCGACUCAGCCAGAGAGGAUCGUCCCUCGGCCUUCGACUUCCGGACAGAGGAAAGAGACCUUGUUCGAUGCAGAAGAGAGUGAAGAUGAUUCUCCUCAAACGCAAGGAAGGAAAGCCCAGCAUACUCCCAAGUCAAGCCAGCAGCAACGUGGACCCGGCCAGCGAACGACGCCGCUCUCUCCUUACUUGGAUUCAGACGACUACCGCGAGACGACACCGACGGCUGGUUCAUCCAAGGGGAAGGUGAAGCAGGCCGUACCCGAGCCAGUGCAGGAGGAAAGCGAAGACGACCUUGACCCGUUCAAGAAAAGCACCCUCGUCGACGAGGAAGCCGAGCUGGAGGGUCCUGGCACACGCCAACCUAUCCCAGCACCCAAGCCGUACCCUGGUUUGGGCACAGCCACCAGCCCUACAGGCCGCCUAGGAAACGUCGGCCUCGGACUCGCGGGGCAAGGUCAUCGACGGUCAGCAUCUGGCGGAGGGGCAGGUGGUAUCACGGGCCCUGGUGGCUUGCCCAGCGCCCAGCCGAGGGAGAGGAUGAUGACGAGCACGCAGGAGCUAAACAUGAAAAGCCAGUUCCUGAUGAACAUGCGUGCAUUCGGGGCGGAGUCGCAGGCUUCUGAGGCUCAGUCUGCGGUAGUAGGGUCGGCGAUGGUUGGAUCGGGAGGUUCGGGUUCAGGAGCGGGCUCUCGUAUGGGUUCCGGAUUGGGCUCGAGGGCGUACCCUGGCCCCGGAGCGUCUGCAGUGUCUGCGGCAAGCGCGAAAGGUGCGGAUGCUGACCAGAGUGAUGGCGAGGAAAGCCAGUUGGGCCCCGGAAGCGACUUUUUUAGAUAG